AUGAUCUGCCUUUGCACUGCAAUGGUAUACCAACUUCAACGCAGAGUACGCAACCUGCGAGAGCAGCUCCAAAGAAAAGAGUUGCACCUAGAUUUGCUAAGAAGAAAGCUGUCUUUGCAAGAGGAUACAACAAAAGCCAAGUGCCUCUUGCAGCAGGAAAGAGACGAAGCAAAUGUUAGAGUAAAGAAGCUUGUGAAGCAAGUCGAUAGGCUUCAACUCCAGCUGGCCGAAGCUAAGAGCCAGAUCAGGGAGUUGAAUUCACAGCUUGCUGAAGCUGCCGAUUAUAAGGUAGGCCAAUUUGGUUAG